AUGGUUACUGUUCACAAAUACACUGCUGAAGAAAGCUUAGCCCACAACUUGGGUCAAUUCAUUUUGGAAAGUCAAGAUAAAGCCUUGAAGAACCAUCAGAAGUUCAACUUGGCAAUUAGUGGUGGAUCCCUAAAUAAUGUUUUGCAUAAGGCGUUCAUAGAAGAUAAGGUGCUAGCUUCAAAAGUAGACUGGAACAGCUGGGCUAUUUACUUUGUUGAUGAAAGAUUGGUGCCCUUAGAUGAUCCGGAUAGUAAUUUCGGUGCUUUCAAGAAAGCCGUAUUGGACCAUUUACCUGCAAAUAAGGCUCCAAAGGUGUACCCAAUCGAUGAGGAACUAGUAAAGAAGGGGGUUGACUCAUUUGCUCAAGUGACUAUGGAUUAUGAAAAGAUCAUUCCAAAAAAUUUUGAUUUGGUACUUUUGGGGUGCGGUCCAGAUGGCCACACUUGUUCUUUAUUCCCUGGCCCAACUCAUAAUUAUUUAUUAGAUGAAAAGCACCGUAGAGUUAUGUGGUGUCGUGACUCUCCAAAGCCUCCUAGUGAUAGAAUUACUGUGACUUUGCCAGUCUUGGGAGACGCCGAAUCUAUUUGCUUUGUUGCUGAAGGGGCUUCCAAACAACCUAUAAUGCAUGAAAUUUUUGACUUAAAAAACACUAAAUUGCCAAGUGCCUUAGUAAACCACUUGUACGAUGCCAAAGUUCAUUGGUUUGUUAACGAUGAAGCAUUUACCAAAGUGGAAACUACUUCAUUUUAA